AUGGUGACCAGGUGGUUUUCUACCAUGGUUACUAUGAUCAAUAGGAGAAUUUCAUGCAUAUUCUGCAGCCCUGCUGGGUCACGCACGAUGCUGGGUGUAUUAGACUUAAUCAGGUCACAAGGAGACUCGGAAAACUCAUCCAUCAUUUGGGAUACACUUAUUCCGAAGAGUUGGAAGCACCUACUCAGACACCUAUCUUUCAUCGAUUCUGAUGUUAACUUUUUGGCCUACAAACCAAUGGGGACGGCUCAAAGACAAUUCCACCUAGACACAUCGAGUGGAAGAUUCUCUCUCAAAUCUAAACUCGAUCGGGAGAAACAAAGUCGUUAUGCGUUCAAAGUGUACGCAACAGACCGAGGGAUCCCGAAACUUAGUUGUGUCAGUGCGGUUAUUGUCCGUGUGUUGGAUAUCAACGACAAUGCCCCGAAGUUUGUCUACCCGACACAAAAGAAUCACACAAUAUACGCGUCUGUUUACACAAGCCCGGGUGUACCGCUGGUCAAGUUAACAGCCGUGGAUCCGGACGAAGGACAGAAUGCACAGCUGUCAUUUUUUCUCGAUGAUACAACAGAACACGCGGAGAUAUUCGUCCUUGAUGAAAAUUCCGGAGAACUCAGUCUGGCUGCGACAAACGAACCGGAGAAACUCGAGGGCAAAUAUAGUCUGGUUUUACGGGUUCAGGACGCCGGCAUACCUUCGCUUUCAUGUACAGCAAAUAUUAAUAUUGUACUGAAUCGAAAUGCAAAGCUAUUCGGACCUCAUUCCGUGCAACCAAGUCUUGUUGGAAAGCAACUCCAGCUUGACUCUUUCGGGAAAGAUCAAUCUAGUCGCCAGGCGAGAUUCGAAUCUAGUAUCUCCUCUUCAUCUGCCUAUCAGGAAACAAACGCAAAGGGGAGAAACAUGCGGGAAAGGACGCCUGAUGUGUCUGGGAAAUGGGACCCACAAACUGUUCGCUAUGUGGCUAAUGAUGCAUAUGGAAAGCCUGAGGAUGGAAAGGGGGAUGCCGCACAGCCAUUCAACUACUUGUCUUCUGAAAAGGCUCUUGUUGCCGUCAUCUGUCUAAUUGUACUAUCUGCGUUGGUAGCAUUCGUCUUCCUCAUAGCCAUCACUCUGAUCCGGAGAAAGGCGUCUGCCUUGCACUUGAGAAACAUACCAGCAUCAGGAGCGGCCGUAUCAGCGGCGGGGAUGCCGAGGAUAAACGCAAGAAUCGCCAAUACGUACAACAGCAAAGCCCGUCAGCUCAGUUGUACCUCAGACAAAGUAAUGUCAGCCAGAUACACGAUUACAUCAACUGAACAAGGCAGCCACUGGUUCGAUGAACAUUUCCGCCAGAACUUCGAGCAGCAGUGGUGGGUGGAAAGCAGAAUCACCUGUGUUUUCAGUCUUGUGAUUGAUAAGUAUUCAUGCAACCGAUCAUUCAAUCAACAUGAUUGGAUGUUUGAGGUAAACACUGCGACUAAUUAA